AUGAAUGAUAUGAUGAAGGAGGAUAGCCAAAUAAAGUGCAAAAACAUCGUAUCCAUGUACACCAUUCGAAUGUACCUAAAUGGGGUCAUAAUUGGUUACGUUUUUAGACGUGAAAUUUAUAGAAAGUUUUAUGUAUAUAAAAAUGACAACUUGCUAUUUCAUUGUUUAAAAAAAGGGUUCAGUUCAGUAGCACGCAAUAAGGGUCCUCCGAACACAGCUCACUUAUCACCCAAGAGUUUAUCUCAUCAUAGAAAAAUCCGUCUGGCUAGUAAAUUAAACUACUACGGUAGUCGUAAGGGCAACAAAUAUGUCUGUAAUUUUUUCCCCUUCCGUAAUUUAUCCAAUUUGAAGAAAAACAUGGAGGUCUCAAACUUCCUCGCUUCGAGACUUGCAUUCUGGACAUGCUUCUGCACCCUAACGUGCUGGGAAUUGAACACCGUAUUUGAGAGUAGCGUGAUCUCCCCCAUAUUUUCUGGCCUCGUAGCUUCCGCAUUCAACAAGGUAAUUUUCAGGGAGUAUCAGAAGAUUCUCAUCCCUGGAUGGCUCGGCUGCAUCUUAAGCUACAUUAUUUUCAUUUAAGCGAUAAAGCAUCGAUAAGGCUAGCCAACCUCCUCUCGAAGAAGUGAACAAGUCCAGCAAGAGGUGCUCCUCAUGGAAAGGCAGCUCAAUUUUGCAUUCCCACGUAACACCGCGGAAUUGUAAUUUUUCACUUUUUUUUGUAACCAUAGUUUUAUAUGCAUUACUGUUUGAAGGGUGUAUGCCAUAAGUACACGCAGUGGGGAGAAGCUGAUUCGGGGUGGCCAACAUUUUGUAAGCUUCUUAUGAGGAAACACCCCGAAUGGGCUUAUGUAGACGGCCAUUUGCAACUCUCAAUUUUGCACAUACAUCCUGUGUACACUACCCCAGUGAACUCCUCCUCCCGCUUCUUUUUUUUUUUAGUAUAGCGGAGUGCUCAACUUUUACAUGUUUCAUUUGGCACAUAUGCAACGAAUACAUAGAUAGAAUAACCCUAAUUUGUUUUCCCUUAGCGUUUUCUGUACCGCUCAUUUUUUUUUUUUUCCUC